CGGUAUCCUCUGGGCAUGUCAGGAGGGCAGAUACAGGAUGAGGACAUCUCUGCCUCGAGCCAGUGGUCUGAAUCAACCGCCGCUAGAUAUGGAAGGCUGGACUUCGAGGAGGGCGAUGGUGCGUGGUGUCCGGAAAUAACAGUUGAGCCAGACAGCCUGAAGGAGUUCCUCCAGAUUGACUUGCGCUCCCUCCACUUCAUCACCCUUGUGGGCAGCCAGGGUCGGCACGCUGGAGGCAUCGGCAAUGAGUUUGCCCAGAUGUACAAGAUUAAGUACAGCCGUGACGGAAGCCGCUGGAUCUCGUGGAGGAACAGACAGGGCAAGCAGGUGAUUGAAGGAAACAGAAACGCCUAUGACAUUGUACUAAAGGACCUCGAGCCACCCAUCAUCGCUCGCUUUGUCCGCUUCAUGCCCGUCACAGACCACUCCAUGAACGUUUGCAUGAGAGUGGAGCUCUACGGCUGUGAAUGGCUGGAUGGUCUCGUGUCGUACAACGCUCCAAUAGGAGAACAGAUGAACUCGCCUGAUUACCCUGUUUAUGUCAACGACUCUGUCUAUGACGGAGCAGUCAUCCACAGCAUGACAGAGGGCUUGGGUCAGCUGACCGAUGGGGUGUGUGGUCUGGACGAUUUUACACACAGUCACGUCUACAACGUGUGGCCCGGGUACGACUACGUGGGCUGGAGCAAUGAAAGUUUCCCCAGUGGAUAUGUUGAAAUCAUGUUUGAGUUUGACCGGACGCGAAACUUCACCACCAUGAAGGUCCACUGCAACAACAUGUUUUCCCAGCACGUCAAGGCUUUCCGUCAGGUGGUGUGUUACUUCCGCUCUGAGUCGGACUGGGAGGCCUUGCCACUCUCCUUCAGCCCUGUGGUGGAUGAGAAGAAUCCCAGCGCUCGAUUUGUCACAGUCAACCUAGCCAAUCACAUGGCCAGUGCCAUCAAAUGCCAGUUCUACUUCGCUGAUGCCUGGAUGUUGUUCAGUGAGGUCACUUUCCAGUCAGACACAGCCAUGUACAACACAACUCUGGCUCCACCCAAGACUGGACUGCCACCCAACAUACAACCAGAAGAUGACCCCACCCACAAAAUAGAUGACAGCAACACCAGGAUACUGAUUGGUUGUUUAGUGGCCAUCAUCUUCAUCCUAGUGGCCAUCAUCGUCAUCAUCUUGUGGAGGCAGGUGUGGCAGAAGAUGCUGGAGAAGGCCUCUCGUCGGAUGCUGGACGAUGAACUAACUGCUAGUUUGUCAAUACAGAGCGAGACGUUCGCCUACAACCACAACCAGUCGAGCACGAUCAGUGAACAGGAGUCCAACUCCACCUACGAGCGCAUCUUCCCCCUUGGUCCAGACUACCAGGAGCCGUCACGUCUCAUAUGUAAGCUGCCAGAGUUUUCACAGAGCUCGGAGGAGCCUGGUAGCACAGCAGCAUCCAAAUCCACCAUAGCUACUGUGGUCCAGGAUGGGGCCCCUCACUAUGCAGAGGCAGACAUUGUGAACCUGCAAGGUGUGACAGGAGGCAACACGUAUGCCAUCCCUGCUUUGGCCAUGGACCUGCUGUCAGGGAAGGACGUCGCCGUUGAGGAGUUCCCUCGAAAACUGCUCACAUUCAAAGAGAAGCUGGGAGAGGGCCAGUUUGGAGAGGUGCAUCUGUGUGAAGCAGAUGGAAUGCAGGAGUUCAUGAAUAAAGAGUUUUUAUUUGACAUCCCAGAGGACGUGCCAGUUUUAGUGGCGGUGAAGAUGCUCCGUUCAGAUGCUAACAAAAAUGCCAGGAAUGACUUCCUGAAAGAGAUAAAGAUCAUGUCACGUCUGAAGGACCCCAACAUCAUUCGCCUCCUAGCUGUGUGCAUCUACAGCGACCCACUGUGUAUGAUCACAGAGUACAUGGAGAACGGAGAUCUCAACCAGUUUCUGUCCCGCCACGAACCCGAGGGACAGCUCGCUCUGCUCAGCAACGCACCUAUUGUCAGCUUCAGUAAUCUGUGCUACAUGGCCACUCAGAUAGCAUCAGGGAUGAAGUACCUCUCGUCUCUAAACUUUGUCCAUCGGGACUUAGCCACGCGAAAUUGCCUGGUGGGCAAGAAGUACACGAUAAAGAUAGCUGACUUUGGCAUGAGCAGGAACCUGUACAGCGGUGACUACUACCGCAUCCAGGGAAGAGCCGUGCUGCCUAUACGCUGGAUGUCAUGGGAGAGCAUCCUGCUGGGUAAAUUCACCACAGCUAGUGAUGUGUGGGCCUUCGGGGUGACCCUGUGGGAGAUACUGAACUUCUGCAAAGAGCAGCCGUACUCUCAGCUCACUGAUGAGCAGGUGAUAGAGAACACAGGGGAGUUUUUCAGGGACCAGAAAAGACAGAUCUACUUGCCUCAGCCUGUGCUGUGUCCAGACUCGCUCUACAAGAUCAUGCUGAGCUGCUGGAGGAGGAACACCAAAGAACGGCCCUCCUUCCAGGAAAUACACCAAGCCCUCCUGGAAAUACAGCCUUAAGCCGGGGCUAUGUUUUCAGACUGUGAUUCCCAGUCUGCUCCUCUCUGGAAGAAGUGGUGCUCGACUAAAGCAGGAGAGACACUCCAGCUUCAAUUCGUCUUGUCUUGGGGGUGAGAGCCACCUGUUGGCUACAAGCUACGAUCUGGGAAACACUGUUCCAUGGACUUAACACACCUCAAAGAUGGACUAGCAGACAUGUUGUGUGUGUGUCAGUUUGCAUUUAAUCAGCACAAUCACAUUGGACAAGAUGUCUUUUAGAAAGGCAUAUAUUCUUAAGAAAAUCACUUCUGUGUAGUUGUACACAACCCUGAAAUACACACAUGAAACAAAGAUGAUUACGGUUGUGUGGUGA